ACGGAGUUUCCCUUUUCCACGGCAAAGAACUUCCUUUCCCUAAAGAAAGAUGGAUUUAUGGAAGCACAUGAUGAGGUUCUUCACCUUCAUGCUCCUCCUCGUCUACACCACCACUAUGGGUAUGGACCCCCAAUGGAAGAAGUCCAGAUGGAGGAACGUGACCCAAAUCAGAAGGUGGAACCCCUCUCGGUACUUCGAUGACCCUGACCGGGUUAUGUUACUCUCCGAACCCUCCCGUGAAGAUCCCCUCGGGGACGGACUCGAGUACCAUUACUAUCGGGAGUCUUGCCCCCAGGUUGAGAGGAGGAUCAUCCAGGAGUACUUUUACCGAGUCCGGCCUCGCAUUAUUCCGUCUCUUCUCCGGCUAUCUUUCCACGACUGCUUCGUUGAGGGAUGUGACGCCUCUAUCCUGUUGGACCCAGUUAGUGGAAUGGCAUCGGAGAAAGACGCAUCGCCCAACGAAUUGUUGAAGGCCAGUUACGACGUAAUAGAUGCCAUCAAGUUCGAGACGGAAAGAGUAUGCCCCAGAAUAGUGUCCUGUGCUGAUAUUUUGGUCUUGGCUGCUCGGGAAGCGAUUCUUACGGCACGUGGUUCAUUCUAUCCUUUGCAACCGGGUAGAAGAGACAAGAUGAUUUCAUAUGCAGAACUGGCGGAAUAUCAGCUUCCUUCACCUUUUAGUGAUCUCUCGGAAACUCUCGUGUCUUCUGGAUCACGGGGAUCCGAUGAGCGGGACACUGUCAGUCUCCUACGUGCUCAUGGUAUUGGCUCGAUUCACUGCAAGUUCUUUGAGAAUCUUCUCUACAAUUUUUCUGGGACAAACGGGACCAACCCAUCUCUUGAAAGCGGAUUCCUAAACCUGAUGAGAUCCCGAUGCAGCAAAUUUCCUUCAGCGUCAUCUCCAUCACCUUCUGUUAGAGCCUGCAGGUCUUGACAGUACCCAACGGCGAAGUUCGGGUCAACUGCUCCAAGGUUGCAUGAGAUCAAGCGCUAGGGCAUGUUUGACAUAAUUUUAGGACUGCCCCAUA